UGUUUGUUUUCUUGAAGAGGAGUGUCCCAUCAGCUUCAGCACUCCAAAGGGGCCCGACUGCUGGACACAAUAGGGCAGAGAGAACAACAGAGCGUGGAGUUGGAGCCAAUUGAAAAUGCAAAGAAACUAGACAGGCAGGAGGGGAUUCUUCAGAGUGGAAUUAGAGCAGAGCACGGGGGUGACUGUAUCUCGCUGAAAACACUACGGGGAUGACUGUAAACCAGAAGAAUCCUGUUUUAGCAAAAAGCCAAGGGACAGCACAUAAAACAGGCAGCGGGGAGAUAAAGCAGUGAGCAAGGGAGCGUGGUUGAUGGAGGCACAGGCUGGUGCCCGGCUGGAGGAAUGUCAUGGCUCCACUUGUGAUUGGCUGGGGAAUGGAGGAGUCAGUUUUCACGGGGGCUGAUCAAAAAGUUCCCUUUUGCUCUCCGAAGUUGCUGUCUGAGCAGAGGCAUCGGGAAGAGGAGGCCGGUCGCUCUAACAUUCUUCAGGAAAGCGACUUAAAUGAAACGAGCAGGCUGCUCUAUCCAAGGACAUACAGCCAAGAACAGCCGCUGGGAAGCCGUUUUCCUGCUUUUUCCCCCCAACUCCUACAGUUGAACAGCUCUCAUUUCUGGCAUGCGUCUCAUCUCUCAGGAUACUAUGUCACAGUAUUCUACUAACUUUCUCUUGCUCCCCAUACCAGAGUACCCUGUGUUAGACUGUGUGCCCAACAAAAUCAUCAAGCUGGUGGUAUUGGGUGGCAGUAGCGUUGGCAAGACAGCCCUCGUUGUGCGUUUUCUCACCAAGAGAUUUAUUGGAGAUUAUGAAGCCAACACUGGUGCUUUGUAUUCAAGAAAGUUCACCAUAGAGGGCGAACAGAUCUCCCUACAGGUGCAGGAUACUCCCUUUGUUUCACUGGAGGAUGACACUGACAGCAUCUGCUGCCAAGAGCAGAUAAACCGCUCGAUCUACUGGGCAGAUGGCUUCGUGCUGGUGUUCUCCAUCACGGACUACGACAGCUACCGCCUCAUCCGGCCCCUCCACCACCACAUCCGCAAGAUCCACCCCAACGCCAACAUCCCCCUGCUCCUGGUGGCAAACAAAGGAGACCUCCUGCGAGCCAGGCAGGUGUCCUCCAAAGAAGGACUCCAGCUGGCCAGUGAACUGGGAGGUACUUACUAUGAAGUCUCAGCCCGGGAGAACUGUGAGGGAGUGCACGAAGCCUUCCAGCAGCUUUGCCAGGAGGUCAGCAGGAUGAUUGGGAGCUGCAAUGGGGAGAAACGAAGAGGCCUCCACCUUGUCCGACCCAAGUCUCCAAAUAUGCAGGACUUAAAGAGGCGUCUGAAGCAGGCUCUGACUUCCAAAGGGAAAUCUGCCACCACGCUUUGAUGUGGCCAACAGAAAUUCUUGUCCACAGCCCUAAAAAAAAGGCAAGAAAAACAAGCUGGUAACAAGAGGCAUGGCUGAAAUUCAGCCAGCAGGUUGUGUGAGAAGCUCUUGCAUUUUGUCUCUACAUCUUCCUUAAAAACCACCUGCUCCUUCUGCAAAGGAACUUAGAGAAUUUGCUCUUUGGGGCAGGAAUUGAGAAACUGGGAUUUAACAAAUAGGUUGUCCCAAAGUAUUUCCUCUUUGAAAGGGAUGCAGUCAAAUAGUUUAGGCUUAUAAUGUGGAUUUUAUUAAUAAAGAUAAUUAAAUCCUACUUGUAAGAGAAGUGGCUUCUCUUGGGGCUGGUUCUAUUCCCAAACAUAGGCAAUAAGCUACAGCAAGAUAUGAGGAGAGUGACCUGAGCUACACUGAGCAAGCAAAAUUUACCAGAUUUUCUCAGUCACAAGACUGGAAAAUAACAGCAAAGAGUAAGAACAUAAAUAGUGAAAAGUAGUAACUGAAAGGUUUUAAAUUGCAGUUCAGAAAGGGUGCUUAGCAACCAGGGAGAGAUUGAUUCAUAUGGAACCUUUAGACUUACAAUGUCUCUUUGAAGGGAGGUUUUUUUUUGAAUCACUAUUUUUAAAGAUUAUUUUUCUUUAAACACAUAUUGGUUGUUUAUGAAAGUGAUGAUAUGGGCAAAACACACACCUGUAGC